GCUGUAUGUUGUUGGAUGACGUUUUUGCCACAUAAAUAACCCGUAUCACCCGUAUCCGUCGUUGCCGCUGCUAGGAACACAAACGCCAGCAAAACACUUGUCCGCCCCUCAAAGGUGCCCGUGGACGCGUGAGAAAAACACAGUCAGCUUUGGCCAGGGUAAAGGAUGAAAGAACCGGACGCGGAUGGGAGUGGCCCAACGGAGCGGCCCCAGGAAGCGGCAAUGGCAACACGGGAGGUGCAAACGCAGCAAACCGAGAUAGCGGCUUCGAUCGUUCGGUCCAGUCUGGCGGAGAUUGAAACGCAAGCGUCCGCUUUGCUGAACCAUCUCGAGUACGUACGGGGCGGACAGAAGCAACCACCAUCCCAGCAACCGAGCCGAGAUUCGUCCGAAGAAUCACCGACCGCAUCGUACGGGCUCGAACCGCUGAAGAAACCACACACGGAGGUGCUUGCAUCGCUCGAACAGUUGCUCACGAGCCUGCUGGCCGAGGACGAUGCAGGGCAGGACCAGCAAGAGUUUGUGCUGCCCCCGCUGGACGAAGCGUCGCAUCUGGCGAUUCUGCAACACUCGACCGCUGCGUAUCUGAGUGCGCUGGAACGGCACCAGCUGGCCCGGGUGGUGUCGCGGCUCGCGACCGAUACGGUCCGGUGGCUCGGUGGGUUGUUUAAGUUCACCGAAAGCAACGCAAACUACUGUCGGGAUGAUGCGGAAUGUACGCUGCAAGCGAUCCGGCUCGCGCUUGUCCACCAGCAGGGUGAAGCACGUGCCGAAGCACGCCCGCCACCGUCCUCCCAUACGAUUUAUUUGGCCGAGCUGAGCCAACUGUUUACGGUGCAGCAUGCCUGCCGAUAUUUGGGGCUGCCACUGUCUUGCAUUCGUGUCGUUCCAUGCCAGCGGCCGGAAGAUGCACCGGAUGGAUGCGGUGGACGGAUGGAUCUGCAGCAGCUUAACAAUAUGCUCACGAUGGACGAGGCGGCCGGACGGCAACCGUUGCUGCUGAUUGCUACGAUCGGCAGUCCGCUGACUGGCGUGUCGGAUGAUUUGCUGGUGCUCAGCUCAAUCUGUACCUCACAGCGCAUGUGGCUACACUGCCAGGGGCUUGGGUUGGCCGGGCUUGCCGUUGCUGUUACGUGGCUGGGCAAGUCGAAACGGGUGCCCAACUCAAUGACGCUCAGCCUUAACAGCUGGCUCGGCCUGACCGGUGUUCCGUCCGUGCUGGUGCAUAAAGCGAGAACGCCCACUGCCAAACCGAGCACCGUGUUCGACAGCGAUCCGAUCCUGUCGAACCGUGUGGCGUGCUUGAGCGUUUGGUCGGUGCUGCAGGCGCUCGGUGCAGACACUGUGAUAGAACGCAUCUUCACCGCAUUCGACUCCUGCCAGGCGCUAGGCAAGAUUCUGCUCCAGUUCGAAGGGAUCAAUGUACUGAGCAAGAUAGCGGUUCACGAUUCAAGCGAACAUUACCGACAAUAUCUUGAAAGUUCUUCUAAUUACGAUGUACUUUUCGAUCAAAGUAUACCGGUGCUACUGUUCCAGUUUGAUGGACACACGGACAAGCGAAACCGAACGGAACCGGAUUCCGAACAGCACACUGCAACAGCAAAAGCAACCACAACGACAUCAACGUCUCCAACACCACCACCAACCGACGCCGAACCGAAACCCGAAACGCAGAACGUGGAGAAAAACGCAUCCAACGCGCAGUACUACGAUCGCCUGAACAGCUGGCUCGGACAGAUACUGUUGCGGGACUGUGGUCAGCUAAGUUUGGAAAUGAUCGAACACGAGCAGCACGGUAUCUGCAUCCGGUACUGCCCGUUCGUGCCCGGGUACGGUGAGCAGAUGCCACGGCUAACGCCCGACAUUCUGGCGGCGUUCGCCGGUUGCAUCGAAACGCAGAUCGAAAUACUGCACUCGACCAUCCGGCAUCGGGCCCGGUUCCAGCAGCUGGUGUCGGAGAGCGGUGUGUUGCGGUUGAUCGAGCUGCACGAUUGGGCCGGUCUCGGCGGGGUGUACUAUGUGCCGGAAGGGUGGGAAACGCUGCUGACCGAUCAGGCGAAGGGGGAGCUGAACAAGCUUAAUACGGCCCUGGUGGAAGCGCUGCAAGCGACCGAUAGUGCAUUUUCCCACGCCGAAAGCAGUGAUGGGUUGAUUUGUGUUAGAUUCGGCAUGGUAACGAGCGAAACGGACGUGGAGGAGCUACUCGAUCUGGUGGUCCACACGGCACGCGUAGUGCAGGAAAAUUCUAAAAUCCUUGACACCAUGUCCGAAAUCCUGAAGAAAGGCAUCGAGGCGGCCACGAUCGAUCUGCAACGCGAGGCGGAGGAAAAACUAUGGCAGGAAGGCAUACUGCGACAGGUGCCGCUCGUUGGCCGGGUGGUUAAUUGGUGGUCACCACCGGCGAAGGAAACCGGCAUGAAGGGUCGCAGCCUUAACCUUACGCAGGGUGUCGUCGAGAGUACGGAAAACAUUUACAAGUACCACAUGCAGAUGACACCGAAAACGUCUCAUCAGCUGCCGGGCAACAAGGGUCCACCGGCACCACUCGUACAGAAAGCAAUCAAUGCCGAUCCGGACGAACGGUCGGUGCAGCAUUCGCGCAACGCUAGCUCGAGCAGCGAACUGUCCGGUACCGGGUCGGCCGCUCGCACCACCAUUCCCGUGCUGGCGAAAACACCCCACUCGCCAACGCAACCACCCGCAUCGUCUCCCACUCCUUCUUCUGCUGCACCGACAGCAACGAAGCCUUCAACACCGCCGGCGAAUGCUGCUAGCAUUCAGCCGGUCGCUGAACCUCCGCUUACAUCGACCCCAGACGGUAGUGGUGAUGCUACAAACGAACCGUAAAACUGUCAAACACAGCACACACCCACACUUAUGUAACCAAACGCGGAUGAAACACUCCUACAAUAACAGCAUAUUACCCGCCACCCUCGUGCAGCUAAUCGAGUUCGCGUGUCUACCAAAGCUUUUCGUUGUUAGAAGAUUUUUAAUUUUUAUUUUUCCGUCCCUCCUUUAUCCCCUUGUUGGACCUCUCCCUCCCCCUCCCCGAAUUGGAGCAUCAUUCCAUUAGAAAUUCUAAUUCGGAAUCAAGAAAAAAAAAUUAUAGGCCAGCUAUGGCGUCGACAGGUCCAAGUUGCGCGACCGUAAGGAAUCAAACAAAGCUCCCCGAUCGUGCUCAUCCGGGUCAUUUGUUUUCCUUCCCCGUCUUAUUUUCCCUUACGUUUUUGUUAUCUUAUUCUACACAAUAUUCAUUGUGCUUACUAGUAUUAUUAAUAUUGUGAAUGUGUGUGUGUGGUUUGUGGCACAGUCCACCACAGGACAGCAUUUGUGGGCUGGAUCGUCUCGCACACUUACGUGUACGUAGUAUUGUUGAACUAUUUGUUUAAUUUGAUUGCAUUUUAGUUUUAAUUUACAAAAAAGAAAAAAAAGCAGAGCAUUGGCCGCACUUUAUAUGCUAAACCGUGUUAGCACACAUACAAAUACACAUGAAACGCGGUAUAGUAAUAAGGCACCGGGUAGAAUAGGACUACAGCGAAGGAGGACUAACACAAUAGGAAAAGAUAGCUCUAGGCAGCAGUCCACUGUAGGAAAAGAUGUGUUGUUCCACCUUUUGUUAGCAUUUCCCUACCAUUUUCACCCGAGUUACACAAUAUGUUUUUUUUUCCCGCAGCGAACGAACCGCUAUACCGCGGAUACAAAAGCAGCAAUCAAAAUCAACCGCAUUGCACUACAGUAGCAGAAGGUAGUGAUGCGUCGACGCACACAUACAAAUAAUACAAUCCUGUAGCAAUAAUACACCUACACACCAGUAACAUGGGCGCGAAUACGAUUGUGUUAUCAAAAGAAGAAAAAUAACAAGCAAAGCAAUAUACAAUGAUAAAGAACGUUACACACACACAGAUAUACGAAUGCAUUUAGAAGGUUCUUUUUUGUUAACUUUAUGAUGAAAAAAAAGUAUCACUGAGUACGGCUCAUUCAUUUGGCAUGAUUAAUUAUUUUCGAAGUAGUAAGCGAUUAAAUAAUUUGUUGUCUAGGACUUUCUUUUGAGCAGGCACAGAGACCUUAGGAGGCAUGCCAUCUUUGGAUUCCUUCAUAAGAUUUGCUUCUUUGGUUCUAUGAUCUCAAACUUCUGGAGCUCCUUCACUUUGAUGUUUGACACCGUUAGGGCUAACUAAGCCAACCACAUGGUAUCGAUAAGUCUUCUUCUUCUUCUUCUUUGGCCUAACGACCUCGUAGGUCAUGCUUGUGGUCUUAGAUCAUUUCUGGCUAGACUAGACUUAAUGAUAACACGUAGUUGGAUAGUCAGUCCUCAAUAAAGGGGAACAGUCGGGAUGAGAUUUGAUCCCCCAUUGGCGCCAUUGUCGUAUCUCUCCACCGGGCCCCUCCCUCUGUAUCGAUAACUUAGCAGGACCGGGGCUUAGCUGACUUUACAAGUCGUUAAGCCAAUAAGCGAGAGAAUCCUGGACUUGAUUUAUCAUAAGCUGGAUAGUUAGUCCAGCGUCCAGCUGCACACGAAGCUGACGUGUAAUGGUCGAUGUCAUCUUCUCUACUGGACGCCAUCUUCUUUUCGUAUCCAAAAAUCCGUACGGAAUUUAAUACUUUGGAAAUAGUUAAUGCUAAAUUUAGCAUCUUAAGGACUCGAGAGUCUAGUCUAGCCUGCAGCCGUUGGAGAUUACUCCAACGUACGCAGGACCAACUAUUUUCUUCUCAUACUUUAGCUACACAACCUCAAAAGGUCUUGGGCAGCCAUUACUGGCUUCUUUGGCUAGAUCUUGAUGUCAGUUGCACGACUGAAUUGGCGGUAAACAUCCCUGCUAGACUGUCUCAUUAUACGAAGGACUAAAUACCUUCAUUUGCUGCUUUGUUUCUAGAACCUCAAGAGGUUUUGGCAUGCCAUUAAUGACUUCCUUGACUUGAUCUUCUCGCCAGUUGCUGAUUAAAUAAUCUUGUAGUAAAAUCCCAUCUACAUAGCACCACCGUACGGUUAGAAUCGACUACCUUCUUCUUUGGUUCUAGAAUUUCAAGAGGUCUUUGCCUGAUGUCGUUAGAAUGUAGGAUGAGCUAUACCAGGUGAAGAGAUACCAAUACCAGGUGAAUUAAGGCCAGGACUUCUCGAGUUUGUAUUAACAAAGAAGGAUAUGAAGAAGAUUUACAUAUUUCCAGUUUACUACAAUCAGACCUUUAAACUUUUAUUUCUCAAAUAUCUUCACUUUUAGCUGUGUGACAACAUGAGUGACAAAUAACCCACUUUCGUACUACAACAGGAACGUUUAUAAGCCGUGCUCAGUGCCCCAAAAAGAUAGUAGUUGUUACUAAUGCCGGAACCGUUGGUUUUCUCCGUUCUCUCUAUCACUCUCUCUCUCUAUCUAGAUCUCAAACGGGUUGUUUCUUUUCUUGCUCCUGCCAGAACACACCCGUGUGUGGUCUACUAGGCUCCGCAUACCAGUAACUAAUAUAGAGCAUCUAGUGCAAAACAGUUAUCGACUACUACUAUUUUCUCUCUCUCUCUUCCUCUCUCUCUUUUUCUCUCUUUUUCUCCUUUUCGCAUAUCCCAAGUUUUUCGUUUUCCAACAAGCAGUUGUUUGUUAUGAAGUAAUUUGUAAAUAAGUGAAUAAAAACACAGAAAAAAACAAAA